GUUGUGUGAAGAGGUUAUCGAUCAGCGUAGACGAAAGCUGGCAAACGCGACGAACGCUGCUGGGGGUGGCCCCGAGAGGCCACCACAGCAGGAGCAAGCGCAACAACAGGAACAGUCGAAUAAUGAGGAUGUUGCCGGAAAAGGGACCAUAGACGAUGAUGGGCCACCGGUGGCUCCUGCUGCUGCUCGGGCGGAAAAAGGCUGGAAUAUCGACAAUGGUGGUGGCCCCAGUAGCAGCAAUAACGUUAGUAAUGGCAACAACGUCAGUAACAGUAAUAACCAACAAAAUUCCAAUAAUCAAAAUGCCAACGCUAACAACGAGGAAUGCGAUCGAUACAGCUUCGAGGAUUCCGAUCGCUUUGAGGAGGAUUCACUUUGCAGUUGGAGCUCAGAACCAGAAAGUGUGUGCAAUAACUGGCGAGGUUGGAAGAAACCCGUUGGAACAUUGAACACUUUCGGGGGCAAUGGAAAUCGAAAAAUAAGCGAUGGAGGUGUAACGACUCUGACAGAAUUGACAGCGCGUUGCGUCGCUUCGUAUAUUCCGUUCGAACUGGUAGAGCAUGUCUAUCCGCCCGUUCCCGAGCAAUUACAGCUGCGGAUCGCUUUCUGGAGCUUUCCGGACAAUGAAGAAGACAUUCGGUUAUACUCAUGUUUGGCCAACAGCUCGGCGGACGAGUUUCAUCGGGGUGAACAACUGUUCAAGAACAGAGCCGUUAAGGACCCGUUGCAAAUUGGAUUCCACCUGUCUGCUACUGUAGCGGUUACCCAACCGCGUAAUCAGUUCAAUGUCGCAGUCACAUUCGACAGGCGGAAGAUAUCCUCCUGUAGUUGCACUUGCGUGCCAGCAGCAUAUUGGUGUUCACAUGUGGUUGCGGUCUGUUUGCACAGAAUCCAUUGCCCCACAAAGGUGAGCCUGAGAGCACCUGUUUCCGAAUCACUAUCAAGACUGCAACGCGAUCAGCUACAAAAAUUUGCUCAAUACCUUAUAAGCGAACUUUCCCAGCAAAUUCUACCGAUUGCGCAACGACUGCUUGAUGAAUUGCUCAGCUCGCAACCCACAACCAUAAACACGGUUUGUGGAGCACCAGAUCCGACAGCGGGUGCUUCGAUAAACGAUCAGACAAAUUGGUAUUUGGACGAUAAGACGUUACACGACAACAUCAAGAAAAUUUUGAUAAAGUUCUGUUUACCAACUCCAAUGGUAUUCAGCGAUGUGAACUAUCUGACGAAUUCGGCCCCACCAGCAGCCGCAGAGUGGAGUUCGCUGUUGCGUCCGUUGAGAGGUAGAGAGCCGGAAGGUAUGUGGAAUCUCCUGUCUAUUGUACGUGAAAUGUACAGACGCUGCGAUCGCAAUGCGGUACGGCUGCUCGAAGUCAUCACGGAAGAAGUUAUGGCCUGCGAUCAAAUAUUGGUUUGGUGGUUUAACAUCAAACUUGCCUUAUUGGUGGGCUCGAAUGGCCACGGUGGCGGAAAACAUAGCAAUACACAUUCGAACUCCAAUGCGACGCAGCAUGCGUGUUCCUCGUUAUGCGAUGAGAUUGUAGUUCUGUGGAGAUUAGCCUCGCUCAAUCCGGGCUUGGCACCCGACGAGCGCGAUAUGCUUCAUGCGCAAUUCACAACGUGGCACUUGAAAAUUCUUGACCGAGUGGCGAAGAACAUUGUAACCUCCUCGUCGCAUAGUAGUAGACACCAGCAGAAUUUAAGAAACGAUGCCGAACUGUUUGCUGGAUUCAAACCUGCAAUAGAAGCAUGCUAUUUGGACUGGGAAGAUUAUCCGAUCGAAGGAAUAACUCACACCCUGGACACAAACCCAAUGUACCAUUGUCCUUUCACUUGUUUCAAACAGAACAGCGAAUCGAAGAAUGAAUCUGCCCCCGGGCAAGUUAAUUCCAGCCAGGCGAUUUUGCAAAACAAUGUGAAGCAAUUCCAGCAAAUGCCCCAUCAUCAUUUCGGACAUCAUCACCACCAUGGUCAUGGUCAUGGAGUACAUCACAGCACGCCAAUCGUCGCAUCAUCGUCUGCUUUUAGUAUGAGGAUGCCUGGAAGCUCUGUAAUCACUGGAGGAGCUAGUGCUAUGGGGAUUGGAGGCGUUGGGGUAAGCAAUUCUGGGGUAACCAAGUCUCACCACAGACGUGAAUACCGACAUCGGGAACGUUGCUACGGUUCGAGCAACAGUAGCAGUGACAGUGUUCCGGACCGAUUCGCUGAGGCUGGGGUAGGGUCGAAAAAGGAAAAGCACCUGUCAGUGGCUGGGCCAUCCACAAACACCGGUGGGAACCGAUCGAGCGUUAGCAGCGAAGGAUUUUGUGAAAAUGAUGACGAUGUGAAUGUUGUUGACGAUUUACAGCCAUCUUUAUCGAGCAAAAAAGACGAAAGUGUUAGCGAUUCUUCGAAUAGUUCAUCGUCAAGUGUUGAGGAAACCGCUGCCAAAUCCAACGCUAGCGCACCAUCUGAUAGCAGUGAAGGCAAUAGUAUAUUGAAUGACAUGAACAACUAUGAAAUUUCGGGAAAUGUUAAGCUGUAUGAAGUUUACAAUCAGAUACCUCCGGAAGGAGAUUCCAGCUCAUCUUUCCUGUCAACUGUUACAACUGCAACAAGAACAAACGAACUGAAUCGAUUAAGUGCCAAUAAACAGCCAGUCAAGGUGCAAAAACGGAACCCAGUCGCGAAGGAAGAAUAUCCAGAGUCAGAUCAAGACACACGCAGACCUUCGAAAGACGAAAGUCUCUCCAGUUCUGACAGCCAACAGAACGUCGAUGACUACAAUCUAUAUUACUACGAUGCCAAACAAGCGCAACGGCAGCAGGAACAACAACAACAAAAGCAACGUCAAGAAACGAGACAACCACCACAGCAAGUUUUUUCGAACCUCAAACGGACAGAAGAUGCGUGGGACAUCCUGUUUGCUCGAGCAGAAGGUCUUCACGCUCACGGUCACGGGUGGGAGGCUUGUGUUCUAGGUGUUCGGCUGGCAAAACAAAUGCUAGCAAAUCCCCCAAACCUAAUGCUUGAGCUUCCCCCUCCUCCCAAUAAGAAAAAAGGCAAAAAGCACAACAUCAAUCCGAUUUCGCACCAGUUAAGUGUACUCGCUUCCGCUACCUUAGCGAAGUGUGCUUUUCUAUGUACGGUGCUUGCCGAGAACUCUGAGCAUUAUCACCUAGCAUUCCGCGUGUGUUUGUAUGGUUUGGAGAUGUCACGACCACCCGCAAGUACCAAGCCGUUGGAAGUGAAACUGGCUAAUCAGGAAUCCGAUCUGUUGUCUCUCCUGAAGCGGAUUCCUCUGGGGCAUCUCGAGCUGAAGAUUAUACGGGAGAGAGCAGAGGCACUGAGAGAUGGCAAUUUGAAAUCGAGAGGCGAGGCGUUACUCCCAAUAAUGCUAGCGAGCUUCAUCUUCGAUGCUUUGGUUAUGCCAAGUGUUACUGGGCGAGAAAAUCGCAUGAAAGUCAUGAGUCAAUCCUUUAGAAUGCCCACCGAUGAGAACCUUGGAUUCGAGGCAGCUGUCGCAGCUUUGGGAUUGAAGGCAAAUGUUUCUGAAGCGGAACACCCUUUGCUCUGUGAAGGUACUCGUCGUCAACGCGGCGAUUUGGCACUGACGCUGCUUUCCUACUACAAAGAUGAGCCCAGAAAGAUUAACCGCGUUAUGGAGAAACUGCUCGAUCGAGAAAUUCACUCGUUGAUUAAAACACCUCUGUUACCAUCUUACUACUCGAACAAUCCACCAACACGCAGUCAAACAUCCCAGCUUCGAAUGGACGAAUAUGAGUCAAACAAUCAGCAUCUAUAUGCAGCUGGUGAACUACAGCAGCCACAUCAUCCAGGACUGAGCCAAAAUGAUUUUUUGGUUAACAGUCGUCCUCAAAGCAGCACGAGUGCCGAAAUGGAGAUGAGUAUGAACGCACUUAGUUUAGGCCAGCAGCAACCUAUGCCAACCGGGCCUACACCAGGACCAUCAAACGCACAACCGAUACUACCUGGCCCUCCCGGGAAUGUCGCAGGAUCGGUAUCCACCACAACAACACGUUCGAAAGAUUCUCGCUAUAAAGGGAAACGAGCGUAUCCCUCAAUUCCCAACCAACCAUCAGAAGCAAGUUCUCACUUCAUGUUCGAAUUGGCGAAGAACGUCCUCACAAAAGCGGGCGGAACCUCGUCAACGUCACUGUUCACGCAAGCCUCCACAAAUCAGAAUCACCAGGGACCUCAUCGGGGAUUGCACAUGUGUGCCUUCCAGCUCGGACUGUACGCCCUUGGGCUACAUAACUGUGUUAGUCCAAACUGGUUGUCCAGAACAUAUUCUUCCCACGUUUCCUGGAUUAUUGGGCAAGCGAUGGAUAUCGGAGCUCCGGCCAUUUCAUUCCUCAUUGACACUUGGGAAGGGCAUCUAACUCCACCGGAAGCGGCCGGAAUGGCUGAUCGCGCCUCAUCGCGGGGAUGGGACAGUAACAUGGUCAAUCCAGCUGCUGAACUAGCGUUAUCUGUGCUGCCGCAUGCGGCUGCCCUCAAUCCCAACGAGAUUCAACGCGCAAUUCUGCAGUGCAAAGAGCAAGGCGAUCGCAUGCUGGAACGUGCGUGUCUUACUGUAGAAAAUGCAGCCAAAGGGGGAGGUGUUUAUCCGGAAGUGCUCUUCCAGGUGGCUCGAUAUUGGUAUGAGUUGUAUCUGAGAAGUACUCCCGGAGGCGAAAUGGAACCGAACGAACAACAUGAUCACUUUAACGUAAACAUUAUGUCGUUGAUUGAUUCCGGUGAAAUGCAACAACAAAACCAGCCUCCUCAACCAUCGAAUCAAUCGGUUGUGGUGAGCGCGACACCGCCACAACCAUACCAGCAAACGAUUACAACCCUCGCCCCCAUUGGGCUGGCCCCAUACGGACCUUACAGUUUCCCCUGCCAGGGAAUAUAUCAUCAAAACAUUCCCUAUCACGCUAACCAGAUGCAGAUGUAUAUAUCUACACCACCUCAGUUCCAGUAUCCUCCACCCCCACCUCACAACAAUCCACCACCCCAACAACCAGGUGGUUACCAGCAGCCGCUAGGUACCAGUUACCAGCAAAUGCAAACGCAUCCAUCGGUACCUCCGCAGGGUUACAAUCCAACCCAGUAUCCACAGGUUCCCGUUCAAGUACAGGUUCCACCACCGCCACCGAAUCAAGCGCAGAUUCAGCCGAAUCUAUACUACGGACCGCAGUCGGUCCCCAUGCAGCAACCACCCCCUCAACCCCAACAGCCCCCACCUCCUCCACGACCUCAGCCAAGCCAUACCUAUCCCCCCUACGCCGUCCCACCCUCAACACCUCCGGUUCGUCCCCGACAUCCCCAUCAAUUCACAUCAAAACAGUUACGUUAUCUCCUGGCGGCUUUCAACGCGGGAAUGCUUGCUCUGGAAACACUCGCUCGCAGAGUUCACGACGACAGACCUCAGGCCAAGUAUGCCCGUAAUCCGCCCUAUGGUGAAGAUGUUAAGUGGUUGCUGCGUGUUUCGAAGCGUCUCGGCACUCAAUAUCUGCACCAGUUCUGCGUGUGUGCGGUGAACUCAAUCGUUUCACCCUUCGUGCUACACGAGGUAGCCAUCGAAUCGGCGUAUUAUCUUUCGCGUCACAACCCAGCGCUACUGCUGCAGCAUCUUCGAUCGGCACUCGCACCACUCAUGCAGAAGUGCCAACAAAUGUAUAUACAAUGCAUUCACCAGAAACUGUAUCACUUGACUGUGUCAGAUUAUGAGGAAUGUACAAGCACCAUUAUGUCAGCUCGGAACGCGUUUCAAAUUACACCGGAGGGCAGCGCACAGUUCAAGGACUGGCUGCAAUCGAUCAAAAGGUCCAAAUCUUGCAAGAAGGAACUGUGGACACAGAUCAAUGCAGCCCUCAACUCUAAAUGACAAAGGCUGGAUGCGAUCGGUUCCGAAUUAAUCAGUAUUUCUUCGGCUACCGGUAAUAAUUCGAAUGCCUCAACGUCAACAACAAAUUGUUCAACAUCACCAGCAAUACCCCCCUCGGCUGCUUCAUCCUCCUCGAGUUCCUCGGUACUAUCAGUUCAACAACAGUCUGCUACAACCGUUAUAAUAAGUAAUCGACGGGGAGCUAUGGAUGAAGAGAAUACAGCAAAACCAUCAACUUCAACAAGCACUUCGGCCGUAACGCUACCGCCAUCAGCAUCAGUUGCAAUUUCGGCCGCCGCUGUAGCUGCUGCAACCGGUUCUCUGGUCAGUAUGAAACACAUUGGUCGCAGUCAAACAGUUAGCCACAGAACCAGUGGUAAUCUCAUACCACAAAAACUUCAACAACCGGAGCAGCAACAGAACCAUCAUCAGCCACCUCCGUUACCCCAAGCAUUGGUGCAGAAUCCACCUCAAAUGUCACUUGGAUCAUUACCACCCCAUCAUACAGCGGUUGUUCCACCCCCGCAGCAUCCGCCUCCACCCGUGCCAUCCGCUUCUUUUCAUCCGGUACCACCCGGCGUUCCGUCGGUGCAAACGCCAUCAGGUGGCACCUCUGCGGGUGGACAAAACUAUCAUCACCACCAUCAUCAUCAUCACCAGGCAGCAGCUAUGCUAACGCUCGCGGUCAGUAAUCCACCAUCGGCAUUACCUCACCAACACCACCAGCAAAAUAUUAAUCUCAACGUGAAUCAUCACGUGAUUUCCGCGCCAAUUGUAGUGGACUUUUCCAACAUGACCGUCAACUGUGUUCAACUAGGACAAGAAAACCAACCGCACCACCCGUCGCAGUUGUCGCACAUGAGUGGUGGUCAUGGCAGCACUGGACCAAUCGGAGCACCUGGUGGUGGUAUGCCACCGUGUGCAGGUGGCAGGUUAAAAUAAACACAUAUACACACACACGAACCGCAGUAACAGUAGCGAAUAGUUCCCCAAUAUUUAGAUAUAUUUUAGUUCCAAUUUCAUCUAGAACUAGAAAGUUUAUAUCGCUAACAGAAGCUGACGAUCGAAAGGAGGAUUAAGCGUUGUGUAUUAGAACUUUGAACUGGUAAGUUUUAUCAUUCUAUACGUCAGCGGUUUUCAAAUUAAUGUUUAUUUUAUGAACCUUAGAAAAAAAAAAUUUAUGUUCUAAACACAAUUCAAGUAAAUGAUCGAUCCUCCUUCA